CUGUGCGCGCUGCGCGGGGUCUGUGGAGUUUGGGCUGCUCCCGGCGGGCCUACGCCUUUGAGUCACUGGGACAGGUGGAGGCAACCGCAGGCUCCAGACCUGCUGGUUCCGGAGGCGGACUGGACGGACUGACUUCGGUCGCUGCCUAUUUUCUGCUCUUGCUGACCUUGGCCCAGGGUCGGAGCUGAUGGCGGCUCGGGCUGUUGUCAGCCUGAGCAGGACCGCUGCCAUAUGCUUGCGGGCUCUAGGCCCUGGAGCCCGGGCGGCCCUUCCGUGCGUCUCCCCAAGCUCUCAGCUUCACCCCCUGGGCUGCUGCCCGGCGUGGGGCCGGACGCUGCACCUCACCACGGCGGCCCCCGCCGGGCACAACAAGUGGUCUAAAGUCCGACAUAUCAAGGGUCCCAAGGACACUGAAAGGAGUCGCAUCUUCUCCAAGCUUUCUUUGAGCAUCCGCCUAGCGGUUAGAGAAGGAGGACCCAACCCUGAGCUCAACAGCAACUUGGCCCACAUCUUAGAGGUGUGUCGCAACAAGCACAUGCCCAAGUCAACAAUUGAGGCAUCGCUGAAAAUGGAGAAAACCAAGGACAUUUAUUUGUUGUAUGAGGGUCGAGGCCCUGGUGGCUCAUCUCUGCUCAUUGAAGCAUUAUCUAACAGUGGCUCCAAGUGCCAUUCGGACAUCAAACAUAUCCUGAACAAAAAUGGAGGAAUGAUGGCCGAAGGAGCUCGCCACUCCUUUGACAAAAAGGGGGUGAUCGUGGUUGGAGUGGAGGACAGAGAGAAGAAAGAAGUGAACCUGGAGCGUGCCCUGGAGCUGGCAAUUGAAGCAGGAGCUGAGGAUGUCAAGGAAACUGAAGACGAAGAGGAAAAAAUCAUUUUUAAAUUUAUUUGUGAUGUCACUUCACUGCAUCAAGUGAGGAGGAAACUGGACUCCCUGGGCUUGUGUCCUGUGUCCUGUGCACUAGAGUUCAUCCCCAACACAAAGGUACAGCUGGCUGACCGUGACCUGGAGCAAGCUGCCCAUCUCAUCCAGGCUCUUGGCAACCAUGAGGAUGUGAUCCAGGUCUAUGACAACAUUGAGUAAUCAGACUGUACAUGCCCUCUGGCUCCUUCCUAGGCAACGGGCAACUCGUUCUGGAGCACAGGCUUCUACAGCAUCCCCUAGGACUGAAGCAAGUUGGGAGCCUAGCAGGUUCAAAGGCAUAAGACCUGCAGUUUUGUGGACACUUCUCUGGGGCCUCUUUGUCAGCUCUGCUGGUGUCUCAGAGCCCCAAGUCCCCCCACUCCCUCCUGGAUGCAGAGUAGGGCCAGUCAGUGGUCAGACUGUGAUCUCAGGAAGUUGGCCCUUCUGGGGAUGGUAGGUGCCGUGAGGGCCCAUGUAUUAGAAACUGCUCUUAAUAACAAUGAUUGAUCUGAGUUGCUGCAUUGUUGUAUGGCUCUUGAGUUUUCCUGAGUUUGUGUCCAGCUGUUGGGACCCUCUUGACAUCCUUUCAAGUCUAUAAGCCUUGUUCCACUACUCCAAUCCCAGGACUAUUGUUUGUAUUUUGAUUGACAAUAGAAAUGUAGCUCUCUCCAGGUACUCUGUGCUCUAAUGCUGGUCUAAUGGCCUAAACCGGUCAUUCGGAUAUUUAUCAAACACCUACUAUAUACCAGGAACUGUACUUAUCAAGAGCACUAGCUGUUCAAUUGGUGCCCUGUGUUAGGUCCUACUCUAAGAUAUAGGACUUCGGCGGGGGGGAAGAAAACAGGACUGCUCUCUUCUGGAGCUGUUCCAGGGCAGUGCAAUCUGCUGUGCAUGUAUCCUUGUUCUCUCUGUGUGGCCUCUGUGCCUUUCUUCUGUCAGGGAGCUUGAAGGCUCUGGCCCAAUAGGAAAUCAAGUGCCAAUGAUAAGAGACUCCGAGGCCCUGCUUUGCCUGGGCUCCUGUGUGUUCUGAGAUUUGUCAGAGUGGACUGGUCAGCAGACUAGGCUAUUCUCAGAAAAGGCCAUACCAAGCUGAAAACGAUAUUUCUGUCAGUGAAGAGCUUAAGGUUUUGCAAGCUGCUUGGUCUCCAGAACGCCCAACCCUAGUUCCUCUUCAUCCCUAAUGCCAGAUGAUGGGGUACUGGAAACUGGAGAGGAAAUGAGAACAGAAGGAAGAGUGAAGGCUGCAUCAGAAGCCUGGCCAGGUGGGAAAUAGGGCCCUUGCUGCCUUUUGCUUCUAAUAGUCACUUCUGGGUUUAGAGAGACCUGGAGUGGGUUUUUUAUCCAUGCUAUUCAACUAUUUAUAAGUUGUGUAAGCCAGUUCUGAGCCCAGAGUAAUUUUCCUGAAGAAGUCUCAGGUAUAUGAGGAUGGGAGAAAACUAAAACCAAAUUAGUUAUAGAUGAUAACUUCAGCUUCUAGGAAAAACAUUACUAGUUCCAUGACGACUUAAACUGGAGAGUGAAAGCUAGGGGGAGGAAAACCAAUGAAAUAAUCCAUGAUUAUGCCAAAGUAUAUGCUCUUAUACCUCCUUUAAUAAUCAUGAAUCUACCUGGGAUUCUUUAGUUUUUAUAGGAGAUAAUUUAUCCAAAUAUAUGAAUAACAACACAUCAUUAAUAUAG